GGCGUUUGAUAAUUGAAAUGUCAUUUUAAUUUUGGACACAAACAUCAACUGAUCAUACGAAUGAAUACGUUUUUAUUGAAAGUGAUUUUUAUUCUAACGAUUCUAGCAUUUCCGCUAGAAUCAACAGAACACGAUAAUGGCGCUGAAUUGAUCGAACGAAUUGAAAAUCAAGGUUGGGAUAUCCUCACUAACGAUUGGCCACCAUCAUCGUCAUCAGCGGCGGAUAAUUUCUACUUCCAAGAUGAUCAUAUUGAUCAACAUAAUUCGACUGACCAAAUCGAUUUAAGAAAAAUCUAUUUAAAAAUCAACGAAUCACUGAUUAAGAAGACCAUGAUAAAUUCUACCAACUGUAUUAUAAGUUUCAAGCUUUGGUUUUUCGUUAAAGAUGUUCAGCACUCGUAUAGAUUUCCUAUGGUGAAUAACGCUGAUUUAUUCGAAUUAUAUCUUACAUUACCGUAUGGACGCAUAAAUUUGCGAAAAUUAUUAAAUGAUCAUUCUAAACGAUGGAAUCCGUUACGAUAUCGAAUAGAUUGUGAAAAAAUAUCAGAAUUUCAUAUUGGCUAUUAUUCUGGACUAUAUUUUCUGGCAUUCAAAGAUUUUCGAAUUAUUUAUUCGAAAAAACAACAGUUAUCGACCGAACAAAUUUCACAGCCAAAUUCCACUUUUAUUUCGAAAAAUUUCAACAAAGAUCCAACUAAUGUCUGUCUAUCAAUCGGACUUGUAUCCAUCAAUACCACCGUUGAGAUUCAGAUCUCUUAUCUCUUACAACCGAUUUCCUUCGACAAUCAAUCAGAAGAUAAUUCAUUUGACAAUACUAAAUUUCUUGUGCCUAUAACAAAUUUGACUUUAAACUCAUUCAAAACCACAAGCGAAAUAUGUCUGCAGGAAUUUAUCUAUUUUUCCAGCCAAAAAUACACCAUUUUCUUCGAGUUAAUAAAUAAAAGUGAUGUAACUAUAACAUCUAGAACUAAUCAAACAACGGAAGCGACAAUUUAUUUUCUACGAUCAUUUGAUCAAAUAACCUAUCAUUGGUCAAAAGAUUGGUUUCAAUCCAACAAUGAUGACGAAACAUUCGACUUUAAUGAUGGAGCCAUCUUUUUCACUAUAGAUUGUCGACUUUUCAGCAACAAUCCAGAUAAAUUGAUCACACGACGUAUAUCAUCUCGUUGGAUUCAAUUCGAUGAUUACAAUUUCAAUUCCAAUAGAAUAUUUGAAUAUUCAUAUCAAAGCAAAAAUAAUGUAUUCAUUUCAGCACAAAUCUGUACACAGAUAGGUCAUUGCUCGGAUAUUUCUAUUCGAUCAAUUCAGUUCACAAACUCUUCAACAAUCGUACAAUUUCAAUUGAUCAAACGUCCACAAACCCGGCUAUUUCGCCUUGUGUUUAUAAUUGAAGGCCAUAAGUCUUAUUGUCAUUCGUUAUCAUCACGUUUGGAAGGAUCAUUGCGACUUAAUCAAGGAUUCGGUGAUCCUUGCCAUUCAGAAUUAUUCAAAUGUAAAAAUCAAGGUAUUUGUUUAUCCGAUCCUAGCAAAAAAACUGGUCAUUGUAAUUGUCGGAAAGGUUACUAUGGCAAUUAUUGUGAGAAUAAAGAUUUUUGCAGCUAUAAAAAUGAAUGUAAUCAUCCAGAGGAUUGUAUCAACACCAAAAAUGGCACGACAUGUUUAUGUAACAACAAAGAUAAUAAGGUUAUAUGGAACGGCAAAAGGUAA